UGCUAGGGUUGCGAAUUUAUUCUGCGUGUCUUCGCCGCAACUGCUGCAACAACCUCUCUUCGCAGUGCAAAAAUGGUCAAACGGAAAGUCGGCGCCCUCGAAAAGAUAGAUGCAGACCUAUCAAGUCUUCAGUACAAAGCCCGUAAGGAUCCUUCAUCGUACCGCGAGGAUUUCUACAGUCAGUAUCAACAAUAUGAGAGCAUACGAGGAAUAUUCCUGCGCGCACCCUCUUCGACCGACGACAGUGGUAUAGUGAAGAUACGAGACCUCAUAGACUUCAUUUCGCAUGUCGCAGAUUGUUAUCCGCGGGAGACUGCGACGUUUCCGGAUGAUCUGAUUCAGCUCUUAAGCCAACACCACGAUCAAUUGCAAUACGAGCUCAGGGACAAAGUCGUCAGCAGCUUGGUUUUGUUACGAAACAAGGAUGUCAUAGACUCCUCGACACUUUUGAAUACGCUUUUCCCCAUACUUGUAUCAACGCCUAGCAAGACCCUGCGCGCCCUCCUUUUUCAGAAGAUCCUGUCAGAUCUCCGGAAUUCGAAUCAGAAAAGUACAAAUCACCGAUUAAAUAAAACCGUACAGUCCGUUCUUCAGAAUAUCAUCACAUCAGAUCGAACAUCCCCACAAGGCAUCUGGGCUGUGAAAAUCACGCGCGAAUUAUGGAAACGACAGGUAUGGACUGAUGCAAAAGCGGUUGAAAUCAUGAAGGAGGCUGCCCUGUCCGAGAAUGAAAAGGUUAUCACUGGCGGGGUAUCGUUCUUCCUAGGCAGCGAUAAAGAGCGAGAAGAGGCGGAUGAGAGUAGCGACGACGACGGUGUGAAUGUUGGGAAGCUUAGGCAAAAGCUGAAUGUGAACAAGAAGAACAAGAAAAAUGAAAAGGACCUAAAGAGGGCGACUAUGAUUAUGAAGAAAAAGGAGAAGAGAAAGGGUCAACCUGACAUUCUGAACUUCUCUGCUCUACAUUUACUACAUGAUCCUCAAGGUUUUGCCGAAACAUUGUUUCAGAAACACCUUCAAAACAAGUAUUCGAAGCUCAAGCUUGAUCAGAAACUGCUCGUGCUGCAGCUGGUUUCGCGCCUGGUCGGUCUUCACAAACUGACAGUGAUUCAACUGUACUCGUACUUCAUUAAAUAUCUCUCUCCACGACAAGAAUCAGUGACAUCGUUUCUUGCCUCUCUCGCACAAGCCACACAUAGUCUCGUACCCCCAGAUGUUCUAGAGCCACUUGUUCAAAAGAUCGCAAACGAGUUUGUUUCAGAAGCUGCAGCAACUGAAGUUGCCUCGGCCGGUCUCAACGCAAUUCGAGAGAUAUGCGCAAGACAGCCUCUAGCGAUGUCUGACACUUUACUUCAAGACCUUGUCAUGUAUAGGAAGAGUAAAGACAAGGGAGUCAUGAUGGCUGCAAAAGGUCUUUUGAGCCUGUAUCGUGAAGUCGGUGCUGAUAUGCUGAAGAAGAGGGAUCGUGGCAAGGAAGCGACUGUGAAGAUCAUAUCAGGCGAGAGGAAGGAAAAGCGAUUUGGUGAGGUGGAAGGAGGUGGCAUCGAAGGUCUAGAACUUCUAGAAGCCUGGAAAGAAGAAGAACGACAAAAGCGCCUCGAGGCAAAUGGCGGGGUUGACGAUAAGGAAGGCGACUCUGAAGAGGAAGGCUGGAAGGACUGGGACGCAGAAUCAGAUACAAGCGAAAGUUCCGAGGGCUGGAUCGACGUGCACAGCGAUGGUGAGGAUAUUCAGGUCAGCGACAGUGACGAUGAAAAGCCACCAGCGAAGAAGAUGAAAACCAUUAUGGCCACUCAAGAAGCCAUUAAAGAAAAUGGAGUCUCCACGGAGCUGUCAGCUAAAGAGAAGGCUCAAAAUCUUGCGACAACACGAAUACUUACUCCUGCGGAUCUUGUAAAGCUUCAGGAGCUCCGCAUGCAGUCUGGUGUGUCCUCCCUUAUGCGGCAAAAGAAGAUACAGCAGAAGCGUGAAGAGAAACACGCUGACGAUCCACUCACUGCCGCCGACCUUGAAGGUUUGGCAACAUUGUCAGCUAAACGUACUAAGGAGGAGAAAAUUGCAAUGGCGAAGGCCGAUCGCGAAGAGAAACAUUUGAGCAAGUCAGCAAGGCACAAAGAGAAAAAGAUCUCCGAGGGCAAGAGCACGACCAACAAGGAGAAAGCGCGGGCAAAGAACUUCUUUAUGACCCUAGGUAAAGCAAAGGGGAAGCAAAAGAGAAGUCUCACGGACGUCAGGCGGACGCUGAAGGGGCAUGUGGAUAGGCAGAAAAGGGGAGGGAAGAGGGGCAAUGCGGGGAGAUAGCCACGUUCCAGGAGAAUCUGGAGUUCAAAUUUAUACCCUAAAAGCUAU